AUGCUCUUUAUUGAUGAACCUAAUGCAGUUUAUGGUAAUUUGAACGUUAAUUCACGCGAGUCUUAUAAUGAAGCGCGAUCAGCAUGCGCGGAUAAGGGCCUAGGUAAUAGUACAGUGCAAGCUAGAUGUGUUAGUAAUCCCUGCAACGUCUUGGGUUGGGAAUGUGAUACAAGUGAAAUUGGUCAAUGCUGUGAAAAUCCAACCAAACAAAAAAGACCAAAAAACACAAAACGUCCCAAUACAAAAUGUCCAAAAAGGCCUAAAGGCAAAGGAAAAGGAAAAGCGGCUAAAGAGCAACCAAUCAGCGUAUCGGCAUCCGGAAAGGCCAUAAUCGGCAAUGCACCAAAAAAUGGCCCACCCUCUAAUAACGAUAAUAUUUGUCAACCUCGUGAAGACGUUUGUCGACCGUGUGAUGGUGUUUGUCAACCUUGUGAGGAUGUUUAUCGGCGAGAUGAGUAUAUUAAUAUACAAUCAAGACAAUUUGAUAAUGUUUUGUGUACUCCCUAUAGCGUUAGUCCAUGCACCGGGUUUGAAGGUUUGGAUCAUGAUAUAUGUGGGUGUGAACAACCAUCACCUGAGAUCUUUAUAAUACCUCAAUGUUGUGAAAAGCAACCAAUCAGUGUAUCAGCUUCUGGAAAGGCCACCAUUGAUUUUGAGGAACAACCUAAAGGAAAGGUGCCUACACAUAGUAAUGUCUGCCAACCUUGUGAUAAUGUAUGUCAACGAAACGAAAAUAUACAAUCGAGGCAAUUAGUCGGCCCCGG